CCUCGCCCCACCCUUUGUGAUUCACAGCCCCAGCCCUGCCCAGGCGCUAAUUUAACUCGCCUGGCGGAACAGCUCGGCGCUGCGGCUACUUACCGCUCCUUGCUGGAGCGAGCUUCCACUUAACUCCGGUCCCGGUCCCCGUGCGCCAUGUGCCUCCUCGGCGGGCUGAUCGCCCCGCCGCUGCUGCUGCUGCCGCUGCUGCUGCUGUGUCCGCCUGCGGCGCAGGGUGACUGCAGCUUUCCCCCAGAGGUACCUAAUGCCAUACAAACUGUGGGUGACCUCCAGAGUUUUCCUGAAAGAACCACAGUAACAUACAAAUGUAAAGAAGGCUUUGUAAAGGUUCCUGGCAAGGCAGACUCCGUGGUCUGUCUCAACAAUAAAUGGUCAGAGGUGGCCGAAUUUUGUAACCGUAGCUGUGACGUUCCAACCAGGCUACAAUUUGCAUCUCUCAAAAAGUCUUUCACCAAACAGAAUUAUUUCCCAGUGGGUUCCAUUGUGGAAUAUGAAUGCCGACCUGGCUACCAAAGGGACCGUCUUCUCUCAGGAAAACUAACUUGCCUUCCGAAUUUUACAUGGUCCAAACCCGAUGAAUUUUGUAAAAGAAAAUCAUGUCCUAAUCCUGGAGAUUUAAGACAUGGUCAUGUCAGCAUUCCAACUGACAUAUUGUAUGCUGCAGUUAUCCACUUCUCGUGUAACAAGGGGUACAGGUUAGUCGGUGCACCUUCUAGUUACUGUUCCAUUGUAGAUGACGAUGUUGGAUGGAGUGAUCCAUUACCUGAAUGCCAAGAAAUUUUUUGUCCGGAACCACCAAAAAUUAGCAACGGAGUCAUUCUAGAUCCACAGAACACUUAUGUGUAUCAACAGGCUGUAAGAUAUGCAUGUAUAAAAGGCUUCACCCUGAUCGGAGAGGACUCUAUUUAUUGUACUGUUAAGGGUGACCAAGGAGAAUGGAGUGGCCCACUGCCUGAAUGCAAAGGUUCUCAGAUUUCUGCAGUCAUACCAGCAUCAGAGACACCCACCACAGUAAAGGCAUCAGCUACAAAGCCCACAUCAGCUCCUCAGAAACCCACCACAGGGAAUGUUCCAGGUACCGAAGCUAUAUCAACUCCUCAGAAACCCACUACAGCGGAUGUUUCAGGUACCAAAGUCCCAUCAGCUCCUCAGAAACCCACCACCAUAAAUGCUCCAGCUACAAAGUCCCCAUCAGCUCUUCAGAAAUCCAACACAGUAAAUGUUCCAGCUACAGAAGUCCCAUCAACUCAGAAACCUGACACAAUAAGUUCUUCAGCUACAGAAGCCCCACCAGCUCCUCAGAAACCCAGCACAGUAUAUGUUUCAGCUACAAAGACCCCACCAACUUCUCAGAAACCCAACACAAUAAAUUCUUCAGCUACAGAAGCCCCAUCAGCUCCUCAGAAACCCAACACAAUAAAUGUUUCAGCUACAAAGACCCCCUCAACUCCUCAGAAACCUGACACAAUUAAUUCUUCAGCUGCAGAAGCCCUACCAAUUCCUCAGAAACCCAACACAGUAAAUGUUUCAGCUACAAAGGCCCCAUCAAUUCCUCAGAAACCCAAUACAGUACGUGUUUCAGCUACAAAGGUCCCAUUAACUCCUCAGAAACCUGACACAAUAAGUUCUUCAGCAGCAGAAGCCCUACCAACUCCUCAGAAUCCCAACACAGUACAUGUUUCAGCUACAAAGACCCCCUCAACUUCUCAGAAACCCACCACAGCAAAAGAUUCAGCCACAGCCAAAAAAUCCCCCAUAUCAAAUGCUCUAUCUACAGAGACCCCACCAGCAGCCCAGAAUCCCAUCAUGGCAAACGCGUCUGCUACACAGACCAUGCCAGCAACCCAUAGAUCCUCCACAGCAAAAGCUUCAUUUACACAGAGUCUUCCAGCAACACGAAAGUCCACUGCUAUACAUGCCCCAGUGACUAAGGGUCUCCAUACAACAAAAAGAUUGACCUCUGCUCGUAUUACAGCAAAACAGAGUUCAGCAACUCCCAGGACAACCAGCGCACCUCCCGGAAGAGGGACCCUCUCUUCAGAUGCUGCCAUCAUUGCAGUUGGAUGAACUUAAAUCCCACUGUAAAGGGACUUCAAUUAUCUACAAGUUAUUCAAAGUUAAGAAAUCAGACAACAUAAUCAUCUCCUUUUUCACUGAUUCUGCUUAGGCUGGCAAGCAAAGCAUAAAAUACAGAGACAAAGAAAAUCCAAUGAUAAUAACAAAACCCUUCAAGGGUCCUAUGGAUGUUGCCAAGGAAGUGGUGUUGAAUUCUGAAUUGUAAAUCUGAAAAUGUAAGGUUUACUGAAGCACAUUCUUUUUCCUUCUAUAAAAGUCUCUUUCCGGUGUGACUUCACCAGUGCAUAGACCUCAGUUCCUUUAUUCUGUUAUGUUAAAUAGUAUUAUAAGGAAGAACAACCUAUUAACAGUGUUUUUAAUUUUGUAUAUGAACAGCAUUUCCACUUUAUUAAGUAUGUAAGUGAGACCUUUUGAAGUGACUGGACAAACCCACAUUUCUUCAAAAAUAGAUUCCUUAAUUAAUACCAGAUCCUAUAUAUGGAAUUCUGACUCAGUUUCUUCAGGAAUGGAGAUGAUACUGUAUAUAUUAAUGUAAUACCCAUCUAAUAUAAAUCAUAUUCAAAUAACCUCAGGUAUUUUUCUUGAGCAUACUAUGAAUUAAAAUUCUGACCAGAACCUGGGAUUAGAAAUCAGUUUUGUCUGUUGAUAAACGAUUCGAUGUAUCCUUUUUUGAUCUCAGUUUUUUUAUCUGCAAAAAGAAGAUCAUUUGACACAAUUUAAUAAAUAUUUUCUAAACACAUCCUACUAUUUGUCAGGUACUGUGCUAGUUAUUGGAGUAAUGAGAUACAGGGUGACAAACUACAUUACAGUGUCUUAAAUACUGUAAAUAUAAUGAGAAAUAUUGUUAAAAUAAUCCUUUUAUUUAGAGAAACCCAUUUUCUAAAAUUAUAUAAUUUUCCUACCUAAAAGCUCAUUAGUUAACAAUUAAGAACAUUGAUAUCAUAGUCAUAAUUUCAUUGUGUCAUUUAUCCUGAGUUAUAAGUCUUAAAUUGGCACUAAUAUACACUUGGGUUCAUUUUCCAUAGGUACCAAGAGAAUUUUGAGAUCAUAACUAUUGCCUCUAUACUUUAAAGUCUUUUUUAUUUAUAAUUUGGGAAGUAAUACUCCUAUUAGUUACUGAGGAACCAUUUAUGUAGAAUCCGUUUUUCAUAUUUCUGUAUUUUGAUCUAGUUUCCUGUGAAAACAUCAGUCUCUGCACACAUUCUUCUAGAAUUACAUGUAUGUGCUUGUCGGUGUUCUAAGAAUACGAUUUUGGUUCUACCAUCUGUAUAUUCUGGAUCACUUUAAAAUUUUCUAUCUUCAUUUAUCAUUCAACUUGAAAAUGGGAUGGUUUUACAACCAUUGAAAAUGGUGGAGUUAAUGGAAGUGCCAAAGGGAAAAGAAACCCCAAAUUUUUGAGGAGCCAUGAUUUAUUUUAUGAAUGAAUUAUUCCAAAACAACUAUAUGGUGCUAGGGGAUCCAUUAAAGAAAUUGAUUGUGUAAAAUACUGUAAAAACUUACCUGUGGUAGAAAUAGGUGUUUUGUUGAAUCACGUAUCCAUACGACAGUGCAAUUGUGUGACUUGAGCGUUUUGCUGAUUUGGAACCAAUUUGUGAUUUGGUCACAUUAGUUUCGGUUGCUUUCCUAGUGUCCUCUCUAAUUUCCUUUGCGAUACAGAUCAAAAGAAUAGAGCUCAAGGGCAUUGCAGGGUGGAGUAGGGGGGAAAAGGGAACCAAGAAUGGUAUUAGGGCACACAGGUGGUUUGGAGAAGAAAGAUUGUGUGUAAAAAUCAAACUAUAAAAAUUACUGUUGACCAACUUAUUUGACUAAAUUAUUUUUCUGUCAUGAAACUCAAAAUAGUGCAUUUAAACUCAAAAGGAAGUAUUAGCUUUCCUAAGUGAAGUUGUAUCUACAACAGGCUGAACACUGAAGAGCAUAUUCUAUAAGUGACAUAAAUAUGUUUUAGCCUCCAUGCACAGGUGAUAUUACCUUUCCUGUGAUGGGGAAAUGCCUACAGCUCUUACCUUUACUAGGAACAAAGUAAAUGGCCUUCCCAUUACCCACAUAGAUAGCCCUUACCUCUCUGAGACUCAGUUUACUCAUCUACACAAUGUGAGUGAACUCCUAGACACCGUCUAGUGCUAAAAUUACGUAACACAGUCAUCAUGUUGACACGACCAAUGAUCAAGCAUUUACAAUCGAGCAUGGUGAGGAUGAAACACUUUGGAACCUUCUCCAGUAGGUUAACCACAUCCUAUUUGAGUAUGGUGGUACUUUAAAUAUUUUAUUUCCUUUUUCUUUGAAUGAAAGCAGGAUAAGUAGCAUGCAAUUUUCGCUGUCAAACUUGUGACAUAAGAAAGCCACAUACAAAAUGUAACUUGUGUCUCCUGUUUUUCUUUAACUUGGCUCAUAAAAGGUGUGUUUGUCAUUGUGAGACUGCAUUAUGUAUGUACUUGCUCGUGUUUCUAUUAACUGUGUUACCACAUUUUUUCCUCC